GCGCCGCCGAAAGACCCCACAGGUCCAAGAUGGCCGCGCCCGUGGCAGACGCCGGGGAGUUUGAAAGCUGGCUAAAUGAUCGGCUGGACUCGUUGGAAGUGGACCGUGAGGUGUACGGGACGUAUAUCUUAGGAGUCCUAGAAGAAGAGGAGAGCGACGAGGAGAAAGAGGACGCGCUUCAGGGCGUUUUAUCCGCCUUUCUGACUGAGGACACUGUGGAAGACGUCUGCAAACAGAUCAUCAAGCAGUGGACGGAGUGCUGCAGUCGAUCAGCAGUCAAAGAAGAUGAUGCUCAGGUCCUGGCCAUCGCCAGUUUGAUAGAAAAACAAGCUCAGAUUGUGGUGAAACACAAGGAGGUGUCCGAGGAGUCGAAGAAAAGGAAAGAAGCUGUCCUCGCUCAAUACGCUAACAUCACGGAUGAUGAGGAUGAAGAUGAGGAAGAGGAGCAAACAACUGCGACUAAACUCCCGGCAAGUGACAAAUCUCUGUUUAAGAACACCAACGUGGAGCAAGUGCUAAACAGACAGAAGGAAAAGCGGGACCAGGCUCGCGAGGACUCUCAGAAGAAGAAGGAGACAGACAAGAUGCAGCGGGAGAAGGACAAACUGGCCAAAACAGACCGGAAAGAGAAGGAGAAGAAGCGCACACAGAAAGGCGAACGCAAAAGAUAAAACAAAGAGAAAGGACAUUUUGUUUGUGAGGUUAUGUUACAAGACAAAAAUGAUUGAGAAAAGUCAUCGCCUCUUUUUAGCUCAACCUCAUUUGCACCUUACAUGUCAUCAGAUCCUCUGUGAUAAUUACUUUCUGCCACUCUUAGUGUGUGAAGAACAAUGUGCUGGACUUUUUGCAUAUUCAAAAUCAUGUUUUAUCCUUAGGGAUGCAGAUGCAAUCGAUCGUAUGUUGACACAUGCUUUGCCACAGUUAUCCCUGAAAUUAUCAAAUUAGAUUAGUUAUAGUAAAAAGGAAUCAAACUCCUGACUGUGCUAUCAAUCUCUGUGCCAAGUCCCCCGCUGAAUUAUUUGCCUUUUAUUUCCACACAACUUCAAAGUAAAGGCACAUUUAUACAUCAACACAUUUUUUACUUCUAAUUUCACUAUAUCAGGUUUUAGUUUCAAUGUCAGCGAAUUUUGUCUGAGAAUUGGAAUAAAGGAGCAGUUUGAUCAAUUGUACUGCAAACAUAUGCACCAUGAUCUGAAUGUUUAUGCUGAGGUUCAACAUUUUUAAAGUAAUAAAAAGAAAAAGUGUUCAGCAA